GCGCCACCACUGGCGGGAAGGCCUCCUCCGCAAUCUCAAGCAGUGGCAGUCCGCUACCUUUUGCUGCCUUUUGAGUCUUUUUUUUACCUCCUUUCUACUUAGUCUUCAACUCCUGCCGUGCACCUCUUCGCCACAACUAUUCGCUCUCAUGCGUAGUCGCCUCUGAAUUCGCCUCGAGUCGUGUGUUCUGCUGCUGAUGCCGUUCACUCAUUCGAUCUCACGCCGUCGCUGCUUCAAUCUUCACGCGUAUUGACGCUUUACUUCUCACUCACGUGUCUAUUGCUUCACUUUACUCAUUCACCCCCCCCUACACCAUCCCCCCCUUUUUAUAUUUCCACCACUUAGCUGUGAAUGCUGUUAAUUAUCUUUAUUAUUUUAGCCCAUCGCUGCUUUUUUUAAAAAUCCAAAUAGUUUUUUUCCUUUCUCCUCAUUCUGCCUCGAUCUCUUCACACUCGAUUUCCUCACUCCGUCCUCUUCAUUGCCUCCACCUUAGACAACCGAUUGUCACGGUUGGCUGCGUACGGUGUGAAAGAAGUUCAACACACGCAUACAUACGUACAUACAUACACCUCUCAACUCCACUUUUAUGUUGACAGGUCUCAAGCGACAUGAGCUCCUCCAGACCUGACCAGCUGCUCAUCGUCCUGUCCAUCUUGGAAGGGCGCCGUUUUCCCAAGCGUCUGCGGCACCAGCUCGUGGUGGAGGCCAGGUUCGAUGGCGAGAGCCUCUUCACAGACCCCGUUGAGCACUUAGAGCAGCCCGAGUUUGCCACCGAGCUCGCCUGGGAGCUGGACCGCAAGUCGCUGCACCAACACAGGCUGCAGAGGACUCCGAUCAAGCUGCAGUGCUUCGCCGUGGAUUCCCCAUCUGCAAAGGAGCCAGUUGGCUACGUGGUCCUUGAUCUUAGGUCCGUUCAAGAAAAGCCGACGCCACCCAAGUGGUACCCACUAUUGAGCAGCAAGUAUGCCAAGACACGUCCAGAGCUCCGGAUUGGGGUGCUGCUGGAAAACGACUCGAAAGCACAGCCAGACGCAUUCCGGGCCAGAGACGCUCCACCGAGAGACGCUCUGAAAUCACCUAUAUCUAUAACUAAGCUAAUGCUUCUUUCUGGUAAGAUCCCAAACGCCAAGGCUCUGACGGCCGUGCUGGAUGAGGAGGAAGGCUUCUACUGGAUAGGUCCAUCCCGCCAGGCCACUGAUGUCUACGUGGUGUCAGUCACCAUUGCAUUUGCAGCUCAUUUAGAACAGCUGGUGCCGAGCAGUGUGCGGCUCCCGGAGGGCAAGCCUGAGUUCUACUUCUACUACACCCUGCUGGGCAACAGUGUUGCCAACGACCCCUUCGCUGACCUCCUGAACCCCAACUUCUCGCCGGAGCGAGCCUCCCUUAAAAUCCGGAGCACGGUUGAUGUUUUGCAGCGCUACUUUUCCUUGCAGCCUCCAAUACAGAUUCACCUCUGUUGUGGGGAGCAAUCCCUAGGCAGCACGGAGGUGUCACUGGAAGGAUUAGCACGCAGAGAGGUGGACAUGAGACCUGUGACGGUGGAGGGGGUGUUCGCCCUGGUCCCUCCCAACAAAACUAAGCAGAAGAUGCCACCACUCGCUUCCGACGAGGCUCCUUCCGUCGGCGUUUCAGUGACACUCCGGCGAGAGGGUGCUCCUUCUCGGGAGGCGAGUCCAGAGAAUGCAACAUCUAAAAAACGGCUUCCAAGCAAAGAGCCCACAAAGCCAGCCUCCCAUCUGGAAGUGAGCAAGCAAGCAUCUAUAGGGGUGCCGCCCUCCCCACCCACCAAACAAUCAGCCUCAAGCCAGCCCAAAGCACACGGCUCAUCCCCUCCGCCAAGUUCUUUCAACUCUCCUGAGUGUUCAGGCCAUGGAGGCCAAGCCUCCAGGCCACAGCAGCCCCGGUCUGACCAUGCUACCAAUGGGAAGCCCUCAGGCCAGCCGAGCCAGGCCUCGGGGCCUCCGGUGGGGCCGGCGGGCCUCGCUGACAGUCGUGGGAACAGCACAGGAAACGAGGGCGAGAGCCUGGAGGAUGAUGGCAAAGGAAGAGGUCGCACUUCAGGAGCAGGGCCCAAGGAAGCUGCUCCGGUGUCCAGCGCCGCUACUGGAAGUGAGUCGGGCCUGACGUCCGGCUCACGCGUAGCCAUCCCUGCCACUGCCCACCACAUGUGCUUCUCUCUGGACUUGCGCAGCAUCCGAGACCUGGCGCUGGACUCUGCUAUCAGCUGCUUACUGCGGUACUCGUACCCGUUCUUUGGCAGCGCUGCGCCCAUCAUGACGAAUCCUCCGGUGGAAGUUCGGAAGCACAUGGAAGUGUUCCUGCCACAGUCCUACUGCAUGUUUGAGUUUGCCACCCUACCCCAACAGCUGGAGGACACAUUCUACAGGGUGCCGUUGGUGGUGGAGUUGUGGCACCGCGACCGGCUCACCAAGGACAGCCUUCUGGGCGUGGCGCGCCUCCCGUUGUCCCACGUGCUCACGACGGAACGUGCACGAUUCCUGGCGCCCGACGGCGGCCAGUGCUGGAGGCAGGCGUACGGCGACCGCGCGCCCGUGCUCGCCACGCACGGAUCGAGUGAAAAAAUCGCAGAGUUAAAUUACACGAUGACUCUCGAAGACCGCGGAACUGUGAAGACCCAGCAGGUCUUAAUCUCAGAGCACUCGCAGGAGGAGCGGAUUCCUCUCAGGGAGGCUGCACGUACCCGGCCCGAGCCGGCCCCCGCCGUGGCGGUGGUCAAGGAGCCCAGGCAGAGCCAGGAGUACCAGGCGGCUCUCGAGCUGGAGAUGUGGAAGGAGACGCAGGAGGACUUAUUUGAAAACCAGCUGAAACAGAAGGAGCUCGUGCACAUGCAGGCCUUGGCGGAGGAGUGGAAGAGAAGAGACAAAGAGAGGGAAGCCUUGGUCAAGAAGAAAGUUGCAGAGUAUUCCAUUCUUGAAGAAAAACUGCGGACGACGCUGUGCGACCUCGAGAGGCGGGAGAAAGAGCUCGUUGCAGGGGAACACGAGCUCCGGCAGCUGCAGCGGGAGCUGGAGGGGGAGCGGCAGCGUGCGCAGUUGGAGGCGGCGGACCGCGUGCGCCGUGCGCACGAGGACUGCAGUCACCAGAUCGAGCUGGAGCGGCUCAAGUUGGCGCAGAUGGAGGAGGCGCGCGGCCACUCACUCACGCAGCUGCGAGAGGCUGAGCAAAGGCAUAAGGCGCUGGAGCGAGAGUUCCAGCAGUACCGCGAGCAGCAAAACGUCAAGCCAGAAGUCCGUCUUCAGUCCGAGAUCAACCUGCUCAACCUGGAGAAGGUUGAGCUGGAACGUAAGCUGGAUUCAGCCCUCAAGUCCAAGCUUCAUUACAAACAGCAAUGGGGUCGUGCGCUGAAGGAACUGGCCAGGAUUAAGCAGAGGGAGCAGGAGAAUGCUCUGGCGAGGCUACACAAGCAGCAGACGGAGCUGGAGCACAUGAGACUGCGGUACCUGGCGGCCGAGGAGAAGGAGGUAGUGAGGGCCGACCGCCAAGAGCUGGAAGGCAUCAAGAAUGACCUCAACAGACUAAAACUUCAGGAGCAGCAGAAGGAGCCUGGACCGAAGCCAGCUCAGCUGCUGCUCGACACCGCUGCCGCCGGUGCUGCCCCGCGUGCAGCCAUCGGGGGGCACGGGAGCGACGGCGCCGCCGAGGAGAGCCACGACGCGCACCUCACGCGCCUCAUUGAGGAGAGGGACACGCUGCUCCGCACGGGCGUCUACACGCACGACGACCGCAUCAUCGUGGAGCUCGACCGGCAGAUCCGAGAUGCCAUCUCGCGGCACAACGGCAACGUCGGCCACGCGGGCCCCACGGGCCCCACGGGCCACAUCGGCCACACUUGAGGCGGCCACGGCAGCGGCGGCGGCAGCAGCAGCAGCAGCGUCUUUCUCACUGUGGAGAGGGGAGCAAGCCGUGUAAUAAGUGGGAUUGGCUCUGAAUUCCCGCGGCAGACUUACCCCCGGGAUGAGCCAGGAGUGGGCUGGUGACCACGCGGCUUUCCUUCUUUGCUGCACUCUUGUAAACUUGUCACCUGACCUGACAGCGGAACCAGUCGUGACGUUACGGAAUUGACACAGGAGAAAGUCAUCGGUGUCUCUCACUUUGGACAACUUCAGGGUCUUGUUUUUGUUUUAAAAAAAAAAACAGUUAAAAUUACAAACAUAAUAGAUCUUAGAACUGGGAUCGCGUAACCUAACCCAAGCGUGCGUUAAGCCUUGUUAAUUUUUUUUUAUUUUGAUCGCUUCCCUCCGGCCGUAGAGGGGGGGUGGGGAGAGGGUGGGAGUGGGGUAGAGCAGGAGUUGCCGUUCCCAUGAAGCGUUGGGAUAAGCCUGGCACGGCUUGAGUCCGCAAUAAAACAGCCGUGCAAACGUGGCAUUACACAGGCAAGAGACCUCCCUUCCACGGCUGCCACGUGCGAGGGGGCACAUCUGAGGACCAAAUCUGAGACCACUAACCCUCAAUUGAUAAUUAAAUUCAACACAUUGUUUUACGUGGAUAAAGCGUGUGUUGUGUAGCUAUGCAGUUAUUUACAGAUCAAUUUAAAGUUUUCAUUUGGCGAUAUCUCCAGGUUGUUGAAAAAAAAACUUCCAGGAGGUGUGAUUUCUAUCUACCACAAUCAGAGAGGUUUGUGUGUGAUGUUGGUACAUGGUCAUGUCUAUGCCCUGCAAGAGCUUUUAUCACAAACACAUGCCAUUAAUCUAACGGCUGAGUUCCACUUUGCAUUACAUUAUUAGUUUUGCAUUAUGCGUCUCAAUCAACACAAACAACUGGGAGUUAAACACUAAAAUGUUGUCAUUUUAAACAUUCAUGGAUUUAAAGUGUGCGAAUUGUAAAGUGAUGUUUUCCCGAGUGUGUUUGAUUUGAUCUCGAGUUGUUCGGUUGUUUUUUACUUCUUGAGUUGUAAAUUUUAAAGUAUUUUUCAAUAAACUUAAAUGUUUAGUUUUAA